ACGGCCAUGCCCGCGCCCGCGCGGAUGUACGUCGCCGCGCUCCGCCCCAAGACGCUCACCGCCGCGCUCGUGCCGUACCUCGUCGGCGGCGCGCUCGGGACGAAAGCCGCGCACGCCAGCGCGUGGGGCAACGCCAACAUGGCGCUCCUCGGCUACCUCCUCGUGCAGGUCGGCACGAACCUCGUGAACGACGCGUGCGACUUCCUCUCCGGCGCGGACGCCGACGAUCGCGUCGGGCCGACGCGCGUGACGCAGGCGGGCGCGUUCACGCCGCGCGCGGUGCACGCCGCGGGGUGCGCGUGCUUCGUCCUGUCCGCGGUCGCGAUGGCGCCGGCGAUCGCCGAUCGCGGAUGGCCGCUCGCGCUCCUGCUCGUCACGUCGUGCCUCGCGGGAUAUUCGUACACGGCCGGGCAGUACCCGCUCGGGUACCACGGGCUCGGCGAACUCACCGUGCUCGUGUUCUUCGGGUGGGUCGCCGUGGGGGGGAUGCGGCACGUGCACGCGGGGAACGCGAGGAGCGAUUUUUUUUCGUUCAACACGCUCGUCGCCUCCGCGCAGGUGGGAGCGCUGUGCACGUCGCUCCUCGCGAUCAAUAACCUGCGCGACGCGAGGACGGACGGCAGGGUGGGGAAGAACACGCUGUGCGUCGUGUUCGGGGAGACGUUCGCGCGGUGGGAGAUCACGGCGCUGACGAUCGCGCCGUACCUGUUG